GACGUCAUCUUUAAAAGACACAUGUACGUGAAGACUCCCACUCGACUCGGUAUCUUCUUACUAUAAUUAUCAAGAUUUCUAUUAACCAUGGCCAAAAGUUUAAGAAGCAAGAGCAAGCGUAAGCUGAAAGCUGUCAAACGAAAGAGGAAUGCCCCCAAGGAGCUGAUCAGAUUAAAAAAGUGCUUAAAGUUAGAAGGAUAUGAUAAGGAAGAUCCUUCGAAAAGGAGAUAUCAAUUUGAUGACAUACGUGAGUUGAUCACCAAACCUGAUGUAAACCAAGCCACAGGUAAAGACUAUGAUGUCAGGUUUUUACCAGGCUCGGAUGUGAAGAUGGAUACUGAAGGAAAGAAGAAAAGAAGAAAAAGGAGAGGAGAAGAGAGCGAUGAAGAAGAUGCAGAUGAAGAAAUGGUUGAUGCUCCUCGAGAAGAAGAUAAAACUGAAGUUAUGUCCGUCGAUACCAAAUGGAAUGCGAAGAAGCUUCAGAAUGAACAUGGUAACUACCCUGCUUGGAUGAAUAGUAGACAGAUCAAGAAGAUGCAGAAUAAAAACUCUAAAGGCAAGGUUUUAAAGAAAGGCAAGAAGAAGUUGGCUUGGUAGCCAACAAUCCUAUUUUGAAAGAUUCCACAAACUGACUGAUAGCCCAAAGAGAUAAUGGCGUAUGAAUUAUUUGCAACGAGCCUUGUCUUACGACGUCCAGGAUGAAGGAUGCCACACUAUGCUACAAGUGGAAGCUCUAUGAUUCCAGGACUGCCAUGUCAUAUCUAAAAAUCAUCAGGAUAAGAUGUCAACUUUUAUGAGAAUCAGAGAGGAGAGUUUUUGAAGAAGGGCAAGGAGGAAUAAAUGUGGUAGCCAGCUAUCUUUGUUAUUGUAAAACAGGGAAAGACAUUGGAAAGCCCAAUUGGAUUGUUUAUUUCUCAGGAAGGACGAUGUCACAAGCCCACUACAAAGUGGAAUCCAGAUCAGUAUCACAGUGCAUGCAUGCAGGCUGACAGAGCUUAAUUGCAGUCAUCACUUUAUAUGCUAAUGAAUAUUUAUUAGACCCUUUGGCCCGUAUUCUGAAGUCAGGUUUAACUUAGGACACAGUCUAGCUCUAUGCUAAAAAUAUGGGGAGCCAAAAUUUCAAAAAUUUUUAUGUCUACUAUUUCGUUUCCUUUUGCUUUCAUAAUGAACAAAAAUACAUCAGUUAUCAUUCCCAGACAAUUAUGAACAAUUUGAGUGUCAAAUUAGUUAAUAAAGUGGAUUUUUACUGUUAGGGAUUUUUACCCAAUUGGCUAUCCAUAGUUAAACUACAACUUAAAACCAGGGUUUAAUUUGAACCAGUGUUCAGAAUACGGGCCUUUGUAUAUAAUUCCUCCAAGUUAUUAAGGACAUCCCAAAUAAACAUAAUAAAGAAAUAAUGAUAAGUUCAAGACGUGUCCUACAACUUCCAGAUUGAGAGAUGCCACACUGUUCUCUGAUUUGAAGCUCUUAAAAUAAAUCAUUCAAUCUUUUACAUAUGAUCAGGAUAAGCUUUUGAUUCUUUGAUUUGCUGGAUUGUUAUUACUCUUUCCUUUGAUCAUCACAGAACAUUUGGGAAAACUAAUGUUCUCAAUGUCUUGUGACUUGAGGCAGCUUCAGUGUUUUAACUUUAAACAUUGUGGGAGUAUAGAUGGUUAGAUUAUUAUGUUCCCUAUUGUGAUUGGCUAUAGGUUGUAGGGGUAUUUGUAGUGGUGUUUUGGCUCAGUGGAUAAGUCUCCGGACUUUGAAACACAAUUGUCCAGGGUUUGACUCCCACCGCACCACUCGAAUCCUUUGGCAAGGCAUUUAUCUUGAUUUGCCAAACUCCACUCGGGUGUAGUAAAUGGGUACCCGUCGAAAGAAAUUCUUUGAUUGCUCAAGCACCCGAUAAUAGUAGCCAUGCGGAAGCUGGGGUAAAUAGUAUGCAGCACUUAGGAACAUUGUAUUAAACGCCAUAUAAAUGUUGCAUAUUAUUGUUAUUAUUAGUUCCAAAAAGCUCUUUUUACUAUCAUGAAGACAUGAACGUUGACCAUGUUGUGGUAUCAACAUUGAAAUCUUAACCAAAGUAAAGUUUUUGAAAUGUUAUCAUAAUAACUUUGAGUGGAAAUGGAUCUGUUUAGUGAAACUUUGACAUAAGGGUAAUCAAUUAUCACUGAUAAUUAUGUACCAGUUUCAGGUCACAGGAAAAAGGUCAAGAACAUUACUUUAUUACAUGUAUCAAAUAAGUUAUUUCUUAUUUGCUUUCAAAGUCAGCACUGCUGCUAUAUUGAAUCACGUAGUGCAGAUGAGACUGUCUGAGGCGCUCCACUUGUUUCAAUACAAGACUCUUAUAAUGGCAGUUAGUAACUUUUCAAAGGAUUCAAUAUCAUAAAUUCAACUGUUAAUAAAUUUAUACUUUAGAUAAGACAGGAAUGGUAAGAGUUACAGAGUGGUUGGUCAUUCAUCAAGAUAUCUAUGAUUUCACAAAAGGUAUCUCCAUACCAUCAAGAAAUCUCCCAACAAGCAUGGUCUCCAUAUGCUAUCAGACACUAUGGAACCUUGAUGUUUAAUCACCCUUUUUAUGAUUCUGAUUUUUAUUUAAUCUAAAAAGUUCAGAUAUUUAAUUGUUAUUACCCACCGGACAUACCCCGCAUUCUAUCAGAAGAAAAAUCUUGUACUUUCAAGAAAGUUCAAGUUUAUCUCUUUAAAGGUAAAAGAUACUAGUUGCAGGAAACAAUUAUUUCAUGAGAAAGUCUUUAAAAUCAAGGUUAGUUGUCACCAUAUCAUAUGUCUAGAUCUUGUACCUUAAUAUUAACUUUUCUUUGUGAAAUCAUGAAAUCUUUGCUCAAAACUGAUUAUUCUGAUGACUAACACAGAAGAGCAUAUGUGGGACAGUGUAUUAAUAUUGCUCGGAAAAAUAUUAAACAUUUGAUGGAAUUUCGUGCUUAUUUUGCUCAUUUCUCAGCAAUUACACAUUUUAUUCCAGAGCCACUUGGCACACAUUUUUUAUUCAUACAUACAAACACUUGAGUGGUAAUUUUAUUCGAUUCUUUUUGAACUCAUUUUCAGAUCGUUACCACAAUUGGUAUUUAUCUUUAAGGUAUGUUUGUACUUUCGUCUUUAGUAAGGCAAAAGAAAGAAACAAACUUUGUUUGUUGUAAUCCAAUUGACCUUAAUAAAAUCCUUUGAGUUUUUAUUUUUUUCAUUCAAUUUUGAAGAAAAAUAGAAGUGCUUAGUGACCCUAUUUCUAUUUUUUUUUCAGUUUUAUUGUUAUUUUACUUUUGUUGGUCAGGUUAUGGCUAACCGAUAUUCUUUUUAAUCCUUACUGCUAACCAUGCUUUUGUUGACACAUGGUCAUUUUAACAUGGAGAUCCAACUUUAUCUUGUACAGUCGAACAACAUUUAUUUCAAACCAGUUUUAGUAUAAUGCUGUUCGGUCUUGAUUUUCAUAUCUAAAAUAAUCAUAAAAUUUUGACAUUUUUUCCAUUCAAUACAGUUGUCAAAAAAUUAUGUUUCUGAAAAUAUCAUAAUCCCUUAUUGUCUUGAUUUAUUAUGAUGAAUACCUUUUUGAAUAAUUUUCCUCAUGUGUAUUUGAGGAGUUAUCAAUACUUUGUAUGCAUAAAUAAAGAGAAAUGUAACAAAUACUG